GUUCAUUAAAUAAUCAAUGUGUUGAUGUUAUCAAAGGGAAUAGACUUCCAACUAAUGGCAUAGGGUUGGAAUACACCCCUCCAGAUCUGGUAGAUGGGGAAGUGGAAGUGGUUAUCGACCCUCAAGAUAUUCAAUCGGAAAUACAAUUCUGGGAGAAUGCAUUGAUUUUGUAUGCUAUUGGAGAUGACUUAUCUAUGAAUGCUGUGAAAAAGUUCAUGAUGAAUGUCUGGAGCUUCGUAGCCUUGCCUGAUUUAUACUACAACGCGGAGGGGUAUUUUCUGGCCAGGUUCAGAUCGAAGGAAGACAAAGAUGUUGUGCUGAUGCGGGGUCCUUACACGAUUUAUAAGAAACCAAUCCUGCUUCAUGAAUGGACUCCCAAUUUCACCCUACAAGAUGAUGUGCUGCGAGUCCUACCCAUUUGGGUAACGUUCCCUCAGUUGCCCUUGAAGUUCUGGGGAGACAAGAGUAUGGGUAAAAUAGCCAGCGCAAUUGGGAAACCUAUUAUGACUGACGAAUGCACUGCUAGAAAGCUACGAGUGUCCUAUGCCAGGGUAUUGAUUGAAGUGGAUGUCACGGUGGAGCUGAAAGACGAAAUUAUGAUCAGAGAUGGUGAUUCAGGGAAAAUGGCCCAGCGUGUUGAGUACGAAUGGAGACCACCGUUCUGUACUAAAUGCAAUAAGGUGGGGCAUACUUGCAAAACCAAGGCUGAAGCUCCCGUGAAGCCGGUGUGGAAGCCUAAAAAGAGUGAAACAAGUCAAGAGCCAACCAAACCGAAGGAGCUUGAUGCCCAAGAGGAAACACAAGAGAAAUGGAAUACAGUGAGCAAGGCAAGUCAGAAUAAAGGUAAACGACCAAUUCAAGUUCCCCCGGAAUUAAUAGUCAACUGUACGAAUGGGUUUGAUUCUCUCAAAGUUGGAGAAUGCUUUGAGAGUGGAGGACCAAGCUCUACAUGA